AUGACACCAUCGACUGCUGCUCGUUUUGCCAAAGACGACGUCGAUCACGAAACGAAAUGGUGGAGAGAGUAUCCAAGAACGCAGUAUGUGGAACGAGCUCGUGCCCAAAAUAUGUACAGCAAUUACAUCACAGACAUCUGGGUUAAACCAAAACAGCUGGCACGCAGUGCCAGCUUUACGAACCUAACAUACAUCAAGGGAAAGCCUGCUGCAGACUACCCGAUCAAGAAUACCGACAUCUGCUCCUCCUCACUGCGCGACACCUCUUCUAGGCACAUGCACACAAAUAUUGCAGAGGCACAACGUAUCGUUCACACAGUUCCCGUCUAUAAACCUCAUGUGCAUAACUGGUACAACAACAGCUAUUCGGAGGCCCGAUGGAGAGACACUCACGAUAUUGUGAAUCGGCCAUAUCGUCCUUCAAUUAACUACAUGACCCCAUUAUCAUCCCAUGUACCAUACUAUACGUUCCAAACGAGACGAAUCUUCUUCGAUGAAAAAAUGAGAAACAAUGCGUCGUACCUUCGGGAAUCGCAGAAGUAUUUGGAUCGUUACGUUGGAGCACGACUUAAGGCGGACGACUACGCCAAUCGAUUUGCAUAUUCCGCAUAUGAAUGGCGAAAACCACAAGAUCACGCCUUCAACCGACACUUGCAAUUUGUAACUGCCUUCACACCGACUGGAAACCCAGUAUCGUUCUACGACAAACAAGCGUUGAGAAGACUCUACAAAUUGACUGGCAGAUUCUAUUUUUAG